AUGGCUUGGAAUGCGCAAAACAGACCUCCUGGUAUCACAAUUAAUCCACCAGCAGUAGGAACUACAGCGACUACGCCGGCACCACCGAUCAACUCUACCGUAGCAAACUUCGAUCCAAAUGACGCGGCUAGUCCGUAUUUUCUGCAUCCAAAUGAGAAUCCUUCGUUGAUUCUAGUCUCCGCCGUCCUCAAUGGCCGGAACUAUCACCCUUGGGCCAGGGCAAUGGAGAUGGCAUUGCUAUCCAAGAACAAACUAGGGUUUGUUGAUGGCACAAUCUCUGCGCCAAAUGUAGGAGAAGUGAAGUAUCCCUAUUGGAGGAGAUGUAACAACAUGGUGGCAACCUGGAUCAUGCGAGCUGUUUCCCCAGAAAUUGCGUCUACGAUCCUCUGGGUUGGAUCAGCUGAACGCAUAUGGAGCAUGUUGAAGGCAAGAUUCAGCGAGGCAGACAUCUUUAGGAUCUCUGACCUACAUGCAGAAAUUCAUCAAAUUAGGCAAGGAGAUUUGACAGUGAGUGCCUAUUUUGCCAAAUUAAAGAAUCUGUGGGAUGAACUCCAGGUUAUUAGGCCUUUUCCUGUGUGUAAAUGUGAAAGAGUCUGCGAUUGUGGAUUAUUAGAGACUCUGCAUCAGAACUUGGAGAACGACAAUCUGUCAGUCUUCUUGAGAGGUUUGAAUGAUACUUAUGCAUCGGUUCAAUCCCAGAUUAUGAUGACGAAGCCGCUUCCCAAUGUUGAUGAGGCGUUCAUGAUGAUUCAACAACAAGAAAGAAGGUUCAAUAAUGGAGUGGUAGGCUUGCAACCUCAAGAAGCAGGCAGUGUUUUACUCACUCAAGGCAGUGGGGCAGGUUUUAAGAAGUUCAACAAUAAUAAUAACAAGAAACCUGUUUGUUCAUACUGUGGAUUCACUGGACACGUUGCCGAGAAAUGCUACAAGAAAAAUGGGUAUCCACCUGGGUGGAAACCAAGAAAUAAACCUGCUGGUUCUGCCAACCAAGUUACUACCAACAGAUGA